CCCAGGGAAGGGAUCGCGCGCGGGGAAGGCUCGGGCCCCUCCACGCACCUGCCCAGCGGGGACGCUUCCGCCUCCCGGGAUCCCGCGGACCGACCUCCCGCCCCUGCGCCGCCGCGUCCCUGGGGCACCUGGCGGGGUAGACCUCGGACCCACUCGGCUGCUGGGGCGGAGGCGCGGGAGAGGCUGGCCUCCAGGCGCCAAAUUGGGGCCGCCUCUAGGUGCGCCUCCAGGUAAGCACUCGGCGGCUGGGAACUUCUCACCCGUUCCGCACACGGCAGGUGUUUCAAAGGCUUCGUGAACGCUUCGGGCGGCCACGUUUAAAAAAAAAAAGUUACUUUGAACAGUCUUCGAGAUUCCGCAGAAAGAAUCCCCACGCAAAGACAGUGGCGACCUCAGAUUUAUAGGAAAUGCACAGAUACGGCAUGGUUGUUCCUGUUCUUUCUCUUCUGGACUGGUUUGGCUCAGUAGAUUGGAGAGGCGGGCUUAUUACCAUGGGCCACUUCUAACACAAGACGCCAUUAGGAAAUGAGAACCACCGUCUGCAGUGAGAUUGCCAUUCAAUAGGCCUCUUAGUACCAGCCCACUGAGGGGAAGUUCUUUUACCCUCUGGUCUCAGUCCCCCGAAUAAAAUGUUCCUCUCACAAAGGGAUAUCCAGGUGUUCAUCAUGGGCUACUCAGUGGCGGCUGGAGCCACAGGAAGACUCCUUUUCGGCUACGACAGCUUUGGGAAUGUGUGUGGCAAGAAGAACUCCCCAGUAGAAGGGGCUCCUCUUUCAGGGCAGGAUAUGACUCAAAAAAAGCACGUGUUUUUUAUGAAUUCCUGCAACCUGGAAGUCAAGGAUGUGAGGCUCAGUUCCACCGUUCUCUGUGUAUCCAGUUGUCCUGAAGAGCAGCUUGAUACCCUGGAAGAGGUCCAGCUCUUUGCAAACACCAGUGGGUCCUUCCUGUGUGUUUAUAAUUUGAAUUCCUUCAACUACACCCAGAUUCCAAAUGCAGACUUGCUGUGCCCCAGGCUACCAGUUCCCCCAAGCAAGUCUUUUCCCUUGUUUAAUCGAUGCAUCCCUCAAACUCCUGAGUGUUACUCUCUUUUUGCAUCUGUUCUGAUCAAUGAUGUGGACUCCCUCCAUCGAAUUCUAAGUGGAAUAAUGUCAGGAAGAGACACAGUCCUCGGCCUCUGUAUCCUCGCCUUUGCCUUGUCUUUGGCCAUGAUGUUCACCUUCCGCUUCAUCACCACCCUUCUGGUUCACAUUUUCAUUGCACUGAUUGUUUUGGGAUUGUUGUUUGUCUGCGGUGUCUUAUGGUGGCUGUACUAUGACUAUACCAAUGACCUCAGCAUAGAACUGGACACAGAAAGGGAAAAUAUGAAGUGUCUGCUGGGAUUUGCUAUUGCAUCUACAGUAAUCACGGCAGUUCUACUCACCUUGAUUUAUGUCCUCAGAAAGAGGAUCAAAUUGACAGUUGAACUUCUCCAAGUCACCAAUAAAGCCAUCAGCAGCUCUCCCUUCCUGCUGUUCCAGCCGCUGUGGACGUUUGCCAUCCUCAUUUUCUUCUGGGUCCUCUGGGUGGCUGUGCUCCUGAGCCUGGGGACUGCAGGAGCUGCACAGGUCGUUGAAGGUGGCCAAGUGGAAUAUAAGCCUCUUUCAGGCAUUCGGUAUAUGUGGUGGUACCAUUUAAUUGGCCUCAUCUGGACUAGUGAAUUCAUCCUUGCGUGCCAACAAAUGGCUGUAGCUGGGACGGUGGUGACGUGUUAUUUUAACAGAAAUAAAAGUGACCCUCCUGAUCGCCCGAUCCUUUCAUCUCUCUCCAUUCUUUUCUGCUACCAUCAGGGAACAGUUGUCAAAGGGUCAUUUUUAAUCACUGUGGUGAGGAUUCCAAGAGCCGUUCUCAUGUACGUGUAUAACACUCUGAAAGAGAAGCAGGACGGUGCCUUGUCAAGGUGCGUGUCCCAGUGCUGCUGCUGCUGUUUCUGGUGUCUUGACAAGUGCUUGCACCAUCUCAACCAGAAUGCAUACACUACAACUGCCAUUAAUGGGACAGAUUUUUGUACAUCAGCAAAAGAUGCACUCAAACUCUUAUCCAAGAAUUCAAGUCAUUUUACAUCUGUUAACUGCUUUGGAGACUUCAUAAUUUUUCUAGGAAAGGUGUUAGUGGUGUGUUUCACGGUUUUUGGAGGACUGAUGGCAUUUAACUACCACCGUGUGCUUCAGGUGUGGGCAAUCCCACUGCUCUUGGUUGCUUUUUUUGCCUACUUAGUAGCCCACAGUUUUUUAUCUGUGUUUGAAACUGUGCUGGAUGCACUUUUCCUGUGUUUUGCUGUUGAUCUGGAAACAAAUGAUGGAUCCUCAGAAAAGCCCUACUUUAUGGACCAAGAGUUUUUGAAUUUUGUAAAAAGGAUCAAUAAAUUAAACAUAAGGGCACAGAGAAACAAGAACUCAUUAACAAGCGAAGAGGGAACAGAACUCCGGCCAUUGUGAGACAAGUGCCCGUCAGGUAUUUGUACCUGAAAAAGUUUCUUUCUCCUAAGAGCCGUGCGCAGAAUAAACGAUAAGGCCCAGUGUGGUCCCAGUUCUUC